CUCGCUCAAACCACUCUACUAUUUCGGCAGGUUCCUCAGAAGCGCACUCGGAUUCCGAGGAAGAAUACUACUACGAACGCCUUUCCCUCCACGAGCCCUGGAGAGUCUAUCCUCGCUUGAACUUAAUUAAACGUCACAGACGGAGUGUACCUCUGGCGGAGUCGGACGACGAUUCUGAUCACGAUUCCGACGACGAAGCUGAGAGUAGCAAUUCCGACAACGAAGCUGACAAUAGACCCGACCUUGACGCCGGCAACAAUUCCAACAACGGCUCCGGCGACCUGCUGAGUGACAACUACCAGCAUAGCAACCAACUGAGCACGAGUCGACCCGCGCCGCAGUCUUCGCACACAAAGCCAAGGCCCGGCCAGGUUUUUUUCGACCCCGUUGCCUGGAACGCGGUCGCCGCCGACCUCGACACCCGAAUUACCGAAGCCAUCGACAGCGCUUUUGCUACUGUUGCCAGCGAGACACCAGCCAUCACCAACACCAUGCCGAGGACCACGGAUAUGUCGGGGGUCGAGCGCACCCGACCGCUUUACACCAUUGUCAACAAUGACAAGAAGAGGGUGGCUUACUUUUACGACUCCGACAUUGGCAACUAUGCCUACGUGACCGGCCAUCCGAUGAAGCCGCACCGUAUUCGUCUUGCGCACAGCCUGGUUAUGAAUUACGAUGUUUACAAGUUCCUCGAGAUCUACCGGGCUAAGCCUGCAGUCACGUCGGAGAUGACGCAGUUCCACACCGAUGAAUACAUCGAAUUCUUGCAGAAAGUUACCCCGGACAAUAUGGACAGCUUCAUGCGGGAGCAAGGCAAAUACAAUGUCGGCGAUGACUGCCCGGUCUUUGACGGCCUGUUUGAAUUCUGCGGCAUCAGCGCCGGCGGCAGCAUGGAAGGCGCUGCUCGUCUCAAUCGCGAAAAGUGUGACAUUGCAAUCAACUGGGCCGGCGGUCUGCAUCACGCCAAGAAGAGCGAAGCCAGCGGGUUCUGCUACGUGAAUGAUAUUGUGCUCGCCAUUCUCGAGUUACUCCGUUUCAAGAAACGCGUGCUCUACGUCGACAUUGAUGUUCACCAUGGCGAUGGCGUCGAGGAAGCUUUCUACACGACCGACCGUGUCAUGACAGUCUCGUUCCACAAGUAUGGCGAAUACUUCCCCGGCACCGGUGAGCUCCGCGAUAUCGGCAUUGGCAAUGGCAAGCACUAUGCUGUCAACUUUCCCCUGAGAGACGGCAUUGACGACGUCACGUACCGGACCAUCUUCGAGCCUGUCAUCGAAGCGGUCAUGAAAUACUAUCAGCCCGAAGCAGUCGUUUUGCAGUGUGGCGGCGACAGUCUGUCCGGCGACCGUUUGGGCUGCUUCAACCUGAGCAUGCGUGGCCAUGCCAACUGCGUCAACUUUGUCCGCAGUUUUGGUCUGCCUACUCUGGUCCUCGGCGGCGGUGGCUACACCAUGCGCAACGUUGCCCGCACAUGGGCUUACGAAACGGGCCGGCUGGUUGGUGUGGAGAUGGACCCGGUCCUUCCCUACAACGAGUAUUACAACUACUAUGGGCCUGAUUACGAGCUCGAUGUGAGGGCGUCCAACAUGGAGAAUGCGAACAGUCCUGAGUACCUGGAGAAGAUCAAGAUUGCGGUCAUCGAGAAUCUCAAGAAAACCGCCCAUGCUCCCUCUGUUCAGAUGCAGGAUGUCCCUCGCCAGAGCAUGGGCAUGACCGACGAGCAGGAGGCUGAGCUUGAUGACCGCGACGAGGAUGAGAACCCGGAUGUCCGCGUGACCCAGCGCCAGUGGGAGAAGCGCGUGCAACGCCAGGACGAGUUUGAGGAGUCUGACGAUGAGGACAUCGCUCGCGCCAAUGGCGUCUACAAGGCCAACGGUCGUUCUCGCCAGGAGACCACGUUCCGCAACACCACUAAAGAUGACGAUACCAUGGAGAUUGACAGCGGUGUUGCUACCCCCCCGGAGCCUGCCGCUGAACCGGCUGCCGAUAACGACGACACCAUGAUUGACGAGACAAUGGCUGAGGCAUCGACCGAGGCUGCCCAGACGGAGGCGCCGAAUCCUGAUGCCUCCGAGAAGCCUGCGGACACCGAGAAGGCGAAGACUGACGGUGAUGGCGACAUCGAUAUGACUGAGGCUGCCCCUGCUGAGGACAAGGAAGCCGAAACCGCCAUUAAGCGCGAAGAGGUUGAGGGUAUCACGGCGGCUGAGGCGGAGCCGGCCAAGAGCCCUGCUCCGGAGAGCACGGCCAAGGCUGCCGAGGAGGGCGAAGCUCCCGCCACGAAGUCUCGCACCUCCGCCUCUCCGGAGGCUGUCGGCAAAACCGAAGCCAAGCCGGCCGAGGAGACUCCGGCUGUCGAGACCUCCGGCGACAAUGCCGCCGCCGCCGCCGCCGCCGCCGAGAAGAAAGAGGAUGGUGAGGAGGCUAAGGCCUAG